ACCUAAUCAAGCCCCUCUUUGUCCCCAUGUAAGGCCGAAACUAGGGGGGCCAAAAACAACCCCUCUUUUAUUCCCCAACAUUGACCAACCAUUGUCCCCCUUGUGUCUCCCACCUAGGCUGGAUAAACAAUAACAAAAGGACAAAAGACUUGUGAGUUUAUUGACACUCCACCCACCAAAUCAGUCCCCACAUACCUUCCAUGAAUGACCCAAUAUAAGGCCAAUAAAACCAACCAUCACCCAUCCCCUUUGUCCCCCAUUAUUUCCCAAGAAUCAUCACUUAUUUCCUUGUGAUUUUCCUCACUAAAGGACAAGCCACCAGCCAUGAAAAUUAAAGACCAAAUCCCUGAUUUCAUUCCAUUAAGAAAACAUAAACAAAUGGAUAUUAUUCUUGUGAUUUUAAUACACUUGUUGUGUUUGCUAUUUAAAUUCCUAAAUCUAUAUCUUAAGAGUGGUUAUCUUAAGUGUGAGUUUUAGGUUCUAGAUAUUUAAUUAAGUGUGUCAUAUCUUGAUUGAAUUCUAGAUUCAAACCCCAAAGUUGGAAUCACGACAUUCCAAUCUCUUGUCGUUGAGAUAUGGAUAUCCAAAGAUACUUCAAAAAUCUUGAGAUUAUUUAUGCAAAUGAGGCAAUCCUUCAAGGACCUAUUAAACGGUGCUACAUGUGUUGUGGCUAUGGCCAUCAGUAUUGGAGGUGCACAAAUAAAGAAGCCAUUCCUUAUGAAGAGCAUGUAAGGAUCAUAGCAGCAUAUGAGAAUCAACAGGAUGGAAAUUACGAAGAUGUCUUUGAUAACCAUGUCAAAGAUGAAGAUGACGUCUUCGUAAAAGGACCGGCUUCUAAUGCUCAGGAAGAAUCACACUAUAAUGAUUCUUCCCUUAUUCAAGAUGACUUGGUUGAUGAGGUAGUUAUAGAGGAAGCCACACCAGAAGUUAUAUAUUCUAAGGAAGUGAUUUCCAUAGAGUAUUAUCCUCUUUUUGGUAAAGGAAAAUCUUAUCUCAUCUCCGAGAUAUAUUUGAAGCAGGUUCUUACAAGGAAUGACAUCAUGUUCCGGAAAUUACACAACGAGGUGUCCACGAAUUCCGGAAGGAACCUCAUUAUUGGUGGUUUCUCAAAUUUCCCAUUUGAUCCGGGAAUUCUCUAAUGAAACCCCAACCAGUCACGGUGGUGCAAAAGUUUGAGGACAAAAUUUCUUCGAAGAAGGGGAGUAUGAUGUACCCCUGGAUGGCUCCACCAAAACCCCAAAAUCCAAAACAACACCAAAACCCUAAUCUCCUCUCCUCUUCCUUCUUCUCCCCCUCUGGCCGAAACUACAACCCAUCAACAUACCCCACAUGAUUUUGUUCAUUGAAUUAAAACAUAAAAGACCAAAACUCAUGUCAAACCACAAACCUAAUCAAGCCCCUCUUUGUCCCCAUGUAAGGCCGAAACUAGGGGGGCCAAAAACAACCCCUCUUUUAUUCCCCAACAUUGACCAACCAUUGUCCCCCUUGUGUCUCCCACCUAGGCUGGAUAAACAAUAACAAAAGGACAAAAGACUUGUGAGUUUAUUGACACUCCACCCACCAAAUCAGUCCCCACAUACCUUCCAUGAAUGACCCAAUAUAAGGCCAAUAAAACCAACCAUCACCCAUCCCCUUUGUCCCCCAUUAUUUCCCAAGAAUCAUCACUUAUUUCCUUGUGAUUUUCCUCACUAAAGGACAAGCCACCAG